CCGAGCAGACAGCCUGCAUAACACCCCUCAACAACAAGCAUGGCCUCCGGUUUGAGCCCCGGGCUUGGUUUCUCGCAGAACACCGAGGGUGUUGGACUGAGAAGCGCGCGCGUGUGUGCUGCCGGGCCGGGGUUAGACGCGUUCGAGUCCGCGGCAGUGCUCGGUGUGCUUGUUGUCGUAGUCCCACCCAAAAUGGAGCCGGUCUUCCUGGCGCCACUGCCGACAGCCAGGGCUGGGCUCAACUGGAGCGGGGGACGGGUGGAUCGCGUUCACUAUCUGGGCUGUUAACCGCUCCAUAUCGGCUCGUGUUCUUCCAUCCGAGCAGUUAUCGCUGAGAAACGAACGUCCGAGUUGAGUUGGGCUCCAACCUGGGCCUCCAGUGGAGUGAAACUGCGGGCGAGCUGAAGCGGCGCGGCGGCGGGCGCCCGGGUUUCUGCGGCGCUGGUUCUUGUGGUAUGGUCCGGCUGGGACCGAGAACCUGUCGGCUGAAAUGGGGGGGACCGACCUGCACGUUGAUCGCACCAACCACCGUCACUAACGCCUGAAAGGCAUCACCGGGAACAAGUGUUCCGCACCGGGCGGUGUUUUUAAUCUGAGUUUUGGAGGCGGCCUCCCCGCUGCAGGGUAGCCGCUCGAUGAGGCUCGUACCCCCGCUGACUGCUGUGUGAACGGUACCGGCCCAGCCGACACGCUGGUUUAUUUUGCUGACAGCCAGGACAGACACACUCAAUCACAACUUUCAACACGGUCCACUCGGAUCGUAUGAGACGCAGAGAGAGAGAGACUGACGUCAAUGUUUACUUUUAAGAACAAUAAUGUGAGUCAUCGUUGUGCAGUCAUAACAACAGUUUACAUCAAGAGAUAUAUAUAGUCUGGACUCAAGUUCAGUUGACUUGAACCACAUCUUAUUUAUAACCGACAGGUCAAGAGGUGUCUGGGGUGACGUUGUAAGGGUCCAUGGGUCGCGGCUGCUAUGGAAACCAAACAAGAGCCCUCAGCUGUGUGGAGUCCAACUGCAAACGCUGACCAAACCAAUGCCACGCAGGUGCAUUUUGAAGGUGGCACUGUGGCCCAGAUCGUGUACAGCGGGGAUCAGGCGGACCGCGGGCAGCAGCAGGUGGUGUACACCGCAGACGGCAGCUCCUACACCUCAGUGGAGUCAGCCGAACACACGCUGGUCUACAUACACCCCGCCGAUGGCUCCCAGGCUGUGUUUGCUGAUCAGCCUCAGGUGGCCUACAUUCAGCAGGAUGGGACGACUCAACAGGUCACAGUCCUGCUGCCGACUGGACAGAACAUGAACGCCGCCAACCUGCAUGUGCUGAGUAAUGUAGCAGAAGCUCCGCAGGCCAUCCUGGAGCCGGUUCCUCAGGAGCAGCUGUCCAGCUCCCUCACCUCCAUGACGGACAUGGGUGAAACCCCGAUCAGCCCUCUUGGAGCCACUGACUCGGCUGAAGAUUCGGAGGAAGAAGAGGCAGACGACUCUGACAUGGACGACUGGGAGCUGCGUCUGCCGGAGCCCUUCAACCCUCUCAACCUCUGGUGUGAGGAGUGCAACAACACGAACCCUUCUGUGUGUUUAAAACACGGGCCGCUGACACCCAUCCCUAACCGGCCCGUGAUGUCCCGGGCCCGUGCCAGUCUCCCCCUGGUUCUCUACAUCGAUCGCUUCCUCGGAGGAGUGUUCUGCAAGAGACGCAUCCCUAAGCGGACUCAGUUCGGCCCCAUCGAGGGACCGCUGGUCCCCAAGAGUCGCCUGCAGGAGCACUACAUGCACCUGAAGCUGUGCACGCUGGACACUGAAAAAGACACAGGCAAAUCUGACGACGCUUGGUUCGACCUGUCCGACGAGGAGAGCUGCAACUGGAUGAUGUUUGUCCGGCCGGCGCAGAACUACCUGGAGCAGAACCUGGUGGCAUAUCAGUUUGGGUCGGAGAUCUUCUACACAACCAUCAAGAACGUUCAACCCAAACAGGAGCUGAAGGUCUGGUACGCAGCGUCGUACGCCGAGUUUGUGAACCAGAAGAUCCACAGUGUAACGGAGGAGGAGAGGAAAGUUCUGCGGGAGCAGGAGAAGAACUGGCCCUGCUACGAGUGCAACCGUCGCUUCGUGAGCUCUGAACAGUUGCAGCAGCAUCUCAACCUGCACGACGACAAGUUGAGCUCCCCCGUGAGGCCCAGGAGUCGAGGGCGAGGACGAGGAAGGAAGAGAUUCGGCGCAGGAAGGAGACCGGGUCGCCCACCCAAAUUCAUGCGGCUGGACGCUCCAGAAGAAGCUGCGGAGGACAAGACGACACAGAUGUUGGAGCUGACUGAGAAGCCUCAGCAGCAGCCAGAGGAGGAAGGAGGAGUAGACGCACCUCAGAAUGGCCUCAAGGAGUCCGAACCGGUGACCGACUCCGAGGACCCGCUGGUAACACCUGCAGAAGAAGCAGAGUCGUCCGACGCUGCCCCUCUGUCCAACAUGGAAUCGCCUCUGAAGGAGGAUCCGGCGACCAGCAGCCAGGCCGACAACCUCCUCACCUCUCAGGACCUGCGCCGUGCCAAAAGAAUACGGAAUGCGGCGCUACAGCACCUCUUCAUUCGGAAAAGCUUCCGCCCGUUCAAGUGCGCUCACUGUGGAAAAGCUUUCCGGGAGAAGGACAAGUUGGACCAGCACCUGCGCGUGCAUGGCCGGGACGCCUUCGCCUUCACCUGCCACAUCUGCAGCAAGACCUUCCCUGGCGACUCGGCUCUGGAGGACCACCUGCUGGUGCACACGGAGAACCGCAGCUACGCAUGUCUGCUGUGCCCGGAGUCCUUCGAGAGGCUGGACCUGCUCAAGGAGCACGUGGGGGUGCACGCCGUCGACGGGCGCUUCACGUGUCCCACCUGCAAGAAGAGCUUCAACGACUUCAUCCAGGUGAAGAAACACAUCCGCUGCUUCCACUCGGAGAAGAUUUUCCGAUGCUGCGAGUGCGAGAAGGCGUUCUGUCGACCUGAUAAACUGCGACUGCACAUGCUGCGCCACUCGGACCGCAAGGACUUCCUGUGCUCUACCUGCGGCAAACAGUUCAAGCGCAAAGACAAGCUGCGGGAGCACAUGCAGCGCAUGCACAAUCCCGACAGAGAAGCCAAGAAGGCGGAUCGCAUCCAUCGCGCCAAGGCUUUGAAACUGAAGGUUCACAGCAGCGACUUUGAGAGCUUCGUGUUCAAGUGCCGAGUGUGCAUGAUGGGCUUCAGACGCAGGGGCAUGCUGGUGAAUCACCUGUCCAAGAGACACCCAGACAUGCGGAUCGACGACGUUCCGGAGCUCACCCUGCCCAUCAUCAAGCCUAACAGGGAUUACUUCUGCCAGUAUUGUGACAAGGUCUACAAAAGUGCCAGCAAGAGAAAGGCCCACAUCCUGAAGAACCACCCGGGAGCAGAACUUCCUCCCAGCAUCCGGAAGCUGAGGCCGGCGGCGCCCGGCGAGCCCGACCCCAUGCUCAGCACGCACACGCAGCUGACUGGCACCAUCGCCACCGCGCCCGUCUGCUGCCCUCACUGCGCCAAGCAGUACAGCAGCAAGACCAAGAUGGUGCAGCACAUCAGGAAGAAGCACCCAGAGCUGGCCCAGCUCACCAACAGCAUCCAGACGCCGCUGACCACAGCAGUCAUCAGCAGCACUCCCACGGUCAUCAGUGCCGACGGAGCCACAGCUGAGGCGGUCGUGACCACGGACCUGCUGACCCAGGCCAUGACGGAGCUCUCCCAGACCCUCACCACGGACUUCCGGACGGCCCAGGGAGACUUCCAGAGGAUCCAGUACAUUCCGGUGUCCCAGGCCGGAGGAGGCAUGUCCCAGCCGCAGCACAUCCAGCUGCAGGUGGUCCAGGUGGCACCAGCGACCUCACCAACCUCCCAGCACCCCACCGUGGACGUGACCCACCUCCAUGACCCCCACAGCUACAGCCAGCACACCAUCCAGGUGCAGCAGGUCCAGGUGGGGGACCCGAUCACGGCCGAGCCGACCACCAGCCAGAACCCCGAGCAGCCUCUCAGCCCGAGCUCCCAGCAGCCCAGCCAGGAGCUGAGUCCAGCCCAGCUGACCCCGGUCACUCUGUCCCAGAACAACACCCUGCAGAGCAGCGGCGGCCAGCAGGGGGCGGUGCAGCACGCCUACAUCCCUGGGAACUGGAACUACCGAGGUUACUCCUCGGAGAUCCAGAUGAUGGCGCUGCCACACGCUCAGUAUGUGAUCGCUGAAGCCCGGACACCAGUGUCUGGAGUCAACAGCAGCCCGGCGAAAACGGCGACCCACUACAUGAUAUCGGAGGGUCAGACGGAGCUGGACACCAAGCAGUCGGCGCCUCAGAGCUCCGCCCAGAACCGCAGCGAGCCGCUGGAGCCGCAGGCCGCCAACCAGAGCACCACGGCACAGUUCAUCAUCACCACCACCACCAACGGCAGCGGCGCCAGCGAAGUCCACAUCACCAAACCCUGAGGCCGACCGGAACGGACCGGGACCUCUGAGUGGAGAGACCCAGGACCAGACGCGAGUCGUUUCCUCCCUCUGCUGCUAGAACUCUGUCGAUGAGACGAUGAAGGUCGUGAGAGCUUGUAAAUAAAGUGGUGGGCUCCGUCGCGUCCUGAGCAACGACAAGUCUUCCGUGUUGUCAAACAAUCGUUGUCGUUACCACUGUGACCUGUUGUUUUCACCACCUGUACCUGCACCCAACUUUUGUAAAGUAAAA